AUGAUGGCCGUGGCGCUGCGUGCUGGGGAGGCCCGUCUAUUCCCGUUAAGACUGUUGUUGCUGUCCACGGUAGCGAUACCCUGGAUCCAGGCUAGACUGCCCUGGGCCGCGUCGUCCUGCCCAUCAACCUGCAACCCGACCCGCUGUCCCCCAUUGCCAGUCUGCCCUAUGGGGGCGUCUCCACAGCCUGACCGUUGUAAGUGCUGCCUGGUGUGCGCCGCUGGGGAAGGAGAAAAGUGCGGGGGCCCUUGGAGUCGGCCCUGUGCCCCUGGGCUGCAGUGCCUCGUGACUCGGACCGCCAAGAGCCAGGGCCAGCUGGGUACCUGUGUCUGCCAGGCUUCGGAGGACCCAGUGUGUGGCAAUGACGGCCGUUCCUACCGGAGUCUGUGCGCACUCCGAGCAGAGAACCGAGCAGCCCGCCUCCGAGGAGGUCUUCCAGCCGUGCCAGUGGAGAAGGGAAACUGUGGCAACUCAGGAACCAGAAGCGCAGGCAGUCUCAGAGACAAAUAUAACUUCAUCGCUGAGAUGGUGGAAAAGGUCGCACCAUCUGUGGUACACUUGGAGCUAUUCCGAAGGUCACCUUUAAGCAGUGAGUAUACUCAUGCAUCCAGUGGCUCAGGCUUCAUAGUGUCUGAAGAUGGGCUCAUUGUUACCAGCGCUCAUGUCCUUACUAACCGGCAGCGGAUCAAUGUAGAACUCCAGAGUGGGGCCAAGUAUGAAGCGAUGGUGAAAGAUGUUGACCAAAAAACUGACCUUGCUCUCAUCAAGAUUGAGCCAGAGACUGAUCUUCCCGUUUUGUUCCUGGGACGAUCAUCCAGCCUGCAUGCGGGGGAAUUUGUGGUAGCUCUAGGUAGCCCAUUCUCCCUUCAGAAUACAGUGACUGCAGGAAUUGUCAGCACCACUCAACGAGGAGGCAGGGAGCUGGGUCUAAAGGACUCUGACAUGGACUACAUCCAGACUGAUGCCAUCAUUAAUAAUGGGAAUUCUGGGGGGCCUCUGCUGAACUUGGAUGGUGAAGUCAUUGGCAUAAACACCCUGAAGGUGACAGCAGGCAUUUCCUUUGCUAUUCCCUCAGAUCGAAUUCGACAAUUCUUGACAGAAUUUCAUCAGCGCCAGUUAAAAGGAAAAGUUCUUUCCCAGAAGAAAUAUUUAGGCCUCCGGAUGUUGCCUCUUUCGAUGAGGCUUCUCCAAGAAAUGAAGAAUCAGGAUCCAGAUUUCCCUAAUGUGAGUUCUGGGGUCUUUGUAUAUGAAGUGAUUCGAGGAACUCCUGCUGCAAGCUCUGGGAUGCGAAACCAUGAUGUGAUUACCAGCAUAAACGGACAACCUGUCACUUCCAUCACAGAUGUCAUUGAAGCUGUGAAAGAGAGUGACUCCAUUUCCUUAGUGGUUCGUCGGAGAAAUGAGGAUGUGGUCCUGACAAUCAUCCCUGAAAUAAUUAAUUAACCAGAGCUCCCAUUUAGAGACAAAUUUAUCUAGCAAAACUGAAUUUAUA